GUGGAAGAAGAGGAGCCACGCCGGGAAGAGGAGCGGGACGGCGAGAAAUUUAUCCGUUUGGAGUUCAUUCGUCCUGAGGAAGGGGACAAGUCCCACCCGUACACCAUGUUAGUUGACAAAGUUGAAGUACGUUAUCACAAUCUGUACGGAUUUGAAUGUCGUGGAAUUUUUGCCAAGGAAACAAUCAAGGCCGGGGAAAUGAUAUGGACGUACAAGGAAGGGACCGAGAUCCUCCGCACCUACCACAAGCAUCAGAUCGACGCCUUGCCUCCCUCUCCCGCCAAAAUGACGAUCUGUACGGUUCAACACCAAAUCCUGAAGGUCAGCAAUGCCAAGUAG